AUGGUCCUUUCAGUGAAACGUUUUCGGUCGAGAAUGGCAACAAAACUAUACAUUUGCGUGAGAUGUGGAGCAAAGACCGCAGCUCUUCUAUUUUGGGUAUCUCUUUACAUGAUAGUUAUGAAAAUGACGGUUUUUAAAAGCACCGAAGAUACAUCAGUGAAGGACUGGUCUAUAAUACCCGACAAUUACAGCGGGUGGCAGGGUGCCGUGCCAUUAACUAAAGACGAUUCAGAAACAUCAAACCAUGACUUUAUCACAUGGCCUGAGGUAGAUAAUGAUACGAUUAUAGUAUUAAAGAAUCGAUCAAAAACAGUGCAAAAAGUCUGUCUCCAGAGAAAUCUACUCUCGCAAAAAGUGAACUCUAAAGAAUUCUAUGUCGAUCAUGAUCAUGGACUUGUUUGGUGCAACAUUUUCAAAGCUGCCAGUUCGACUUGGAUGUAUUAUAUGAAUAUUUUAGGAGGAUAUAAGAAAAAGUUUUUGGAAGAAACUAAAAAAAUACCGUUAAUUUUAGCAAGAAAAAAGUUCCCCCGUCCUAAAAUAAAAGAACUAACAGAAGCAAUUCAAGCACCUGGGGUUGUGUCGCUUUUAAUUGUGCGUGAGCCUUUUGUAAGGUUAUUGUCAGCAUAUCGUGACAAACUGGAGAUCAACCAGCAAGGGAAAAUAAAGCCGUAUUAUAGGAAAUUGGCAAGGACAAUAAUUACAAAGUAUAGAAAGAAAGAAGCCCUAGACAAGGCGAAAAAUAAAGUGGUUGGUCCAACAUUUCGUGAGUUCGUCCAGUAUCUUAUAGACGAGUAUCAUCCGGGGUACACGUUUGACGAACACUGGGCUCCGUACUACACGUUUUGUACACCAUGUGCAGUCAACUUUACUGUGAUAGCGAAAGUAGAAACGUUGACAAAAGAUUCAAUGUAUGUAAUACAGAAACUAAAUCUCGGCCCUGUGUUAAACAUAAAGGCUGGUGAGCGUAAAAGAAAACAUCGUGGUUUGAUGAAUACAUCUCGUGACGGGAAGAACACGACAUCUUUGUUAAUGCAUUAUUAUGGUCAACUUGACGAAAAAAUGUUGGAUAAUUUGUUAAAAAUAUACGGUAUAGACUUUGAAAUGUUCGGAUAUGAUGCGAGUGUUUAUAGAAGUUAUGUUAAAAAAUAA